AAGAUGGUUCGGAAAGAAGUACAGACGCCACACAAGCUAAGCGAAAUCGGGUUCAGCAACUCGCCUUUGCUGUUUCAAGGGUAGGAAUGGUGACUAUACCUAUUGGAGUUCUUCAACUCUGUUCCACACAUGAUAAGGAGCAAAAUUUUCAUAAUGCAUCAGCUCUAAUUCAGUUAGCUAAAAAAAAUGAGGCACAGGUAGUUUUCCUCCCUGAAUGUUUCGAUUUUGUUGGGCGGUCGAAGAGCGAUGUGUUUUCCUUGUCUGAAAUGAUUGAUGGCCCUUUAAUAACGAAGUACUGUGAUUUAGCCAAAGAAUGCAAUUUAUGGAUUAGUUUAGGUGGCAUGCAUAGAAAAGUAAUGGUACGACAUGAAUCACCUGAUAAUCGCGUCUACAAUAGUCAUAUUCUAAUUGAUAGUGAGGGAGGUAUUCGUGGCUUGUAUGACAAAGCCCAUCUAUUUGAUGCGAAGCUAACAGACGACACCCAGCAACUCAGUGAGUCCGAGACCAAUGAGCCUUCCAAAGAAAAACCCAAACCUUAUGUAUUUAUGGAAUCAGAAAUAGUUAUACCGGGUAAAACACCUGCAGUCGUUGUUCCAAGAACUCCUCUUGGUUCUCUUUCAUUGGCUAUUUGUUAUGAUCUUCGUUUUCCUGAAUUAGCUGCCCAUGCUCGUCAUCUGGGUGGCGCUCGUGUUCUAACCUAUCCAGCAGCCUUCAGUUUACCUACCGGUCAAGCCGGCCAUUGGCACAUAUUGCUUCGGGCUCGUGCCAUAGAAACGCAGUGCUUUUUGGUCGCAGCCGCACAAAGAUACUGUAUUGCUUAUUUUUUACUCUGA